UACUACUUUUAAACGUAAUUCUUUGCGGGCUAUUAUUUUGUCGUUAGGCCACUUGCAAUUCUAAUACACAAUACACAAAUACUCUAAAUAUCAAGCAUUGUGGAGCUAGCCUACCAAGUAUGUCGUUACGUGGUUGAACCUGGACCACCGGCGGAUCACACACUUAUACCAGCUGUUCGAUGGAAUCCUCUAAGAGUGAUGUACUCGCAGUGUGCUCGGGUAAAAUCAUUCGUUAGGCUGUAGACCGUCGUCAUGUGUGCAACUUGUCGGCAGAAAACAAGGAAGCAUUCGUGUUUCCAUCUUCUAUCGCGUCGACUCCGGUUGAUUACAGAUUUGUACGGAGCCGUCAAGAACCUGCAAGGUGUGAUGCAGCAGUAGCCGAGGAUCCUCACACUGAUCUAUUUCAGUAUUCUGAGGUCGGGGUUAGAAACGAAACGACCCCCGUUGAGUUGUUACUUGGCAGCACACCUGCUUCCAAUAGACACACCUGGACCACAACACAGAGCUGCCAAAAUACUUUUCCCACGCGUGAACUAGCACCGGACUUGACCCUUAUCUGCCCCGUCCUGUUGCCAACCCCUCACCUUACCUUUGACCCCACCAGAGGACUGGGAAGGCUACCUGAGAGGACUGCUGAUAAACACAGCUAGGCUGAAGCAAUAGCACUUUUUUUUUAAACUAACAGGAACUGACACUGGCACUGUAGGAGCAGGCGGCGCGGGGGGGGGGGGAUGCAGAUGCUUUUCUCAGCUGUCAAACCGCUAGUUCUCCCAUGAAGAAGCUGUAUAGAUGAAGAAGAGCAUGAGACGUGGAGCAUGGAGAAACGUAUAGACGGCGCUAGACGACUUAUCCCGGGGACCCAAUGAGUCGCUCUGGUUUCUCCAGCAACUCCAGCCUGCUCCAGGGACGGCGCUUCUACUGCCGGGAAUGGGCCCUGGACAAGCUGAGGCACUGUCUGGAGGCGCGCUCUGUGCCAGGGCGGCCGCCGGGGCUCCUGCUGACCGGGGGCCCCGGUGCUGGGAAGACGGCCCUGUGCACUGAGUUGGUGUACCCCACCUCGGAUGCAGGGAUCAGGGUCGGGCUGGCGGCACGCUGCCUGGCUUCCCACUUCUGCCGGAGGGAGGAACAGCGUAGCGUCGUGUUGUGGAGGUUUGUUCUGGGACUGGUGGAACAGUUGAGGGCCUCGCCUCUCCUUCCUCCUCGCUACGCUGAGAUGCUGGACACCCCCUUCGUGUCCUCUGCUCUGGAGCCCCUCCAAUGCCAGAAGGACCCCGAUGACACAUUCAAAAGGGCAGUGUUGUCGCCCCUGCUGGACCUUCCUCCUCCUACGCACACUUUAAUGGUGGUGGUGGACUCGCUGGACUCAGAGCUUGGCUACGGGACAGGCGACAGUGGAGCAGGGGCUGUAGGGGCACCCCCAGGGAAGAGCAGUACCAUUGCAGAGCUCCUUGCCAGCCACCAGCACCUGCUGCCCAGCUGGCUGCUGAUCGUGGUCUCUGUCCGACGCCAUGACAAAGCCGUGUGCAAGAUGUUCUCAGCUUUUCGUAAGCUGUGCUUGGAUGACCUGCGGAAGCCCUCUCCAGUACGUGAUGUGCAGCAGUACAUUCUCCACCGGCUGGACAAGGAGGGUCCACUGCGCCGGCAGCUGACCCCCGAGACAGCCGACAUGCUCAACCUGCUGCACAUCAAGAGCAGUGGCUGCUUCCUGUUCCUGGAGCGCGUGCUGGACGGCGUGGCGGCCUCUCUGAUUGGUCUACGAGAGAUCCGUGACAUCCCUGGGACACUCAAUGGCCUCUACCUGUGGCUGUGCCAGAGACUCUUCCCCAAGGGGCUGUUUCUCCAGGUCAGGCCCCUCCUCAAUGCCCUAUUGGCCGCCCCCAGGCCCCUCGGCAUUCAGCAGCUCUUCACCGCAGUCUGGACCCAGGACACCACCCUCAACUUCCCGGACUUCCAGAGCCUCCUUCAGACCCUCUCUCCGAUCCUUAUUGAUGGCCCCUUCGGGAACAAGCUGCUCUUCCAUGCCAGUUUUGCUGAGUGGCUAAUGGAUGUCAAAUACUGUACACAGAAGUACCUGUGUAGUGUAGAAGAGGGACACUGCAUGCUUGCUAUGACCCUCACAUUAUGGGGCCCACACCUGAACACAGAGGAAACCUGCCAGCUAGGGACCCAUCUGGUUUGCUCAGGUAUGCACAAGGACAACCCUUCCCUGUUGGCAUUGUGGAUUCUCUUGGCAGACAUACCUCCUCUCACUCCCUGCUUUAGCCCUAAGCUACCCUGCCACGCUCCUUGGGACUGUAGCUCCUCUUCAACUGAACCGCCUGUUCUAGUUAGUCAGGAAGUACUUCAGCUCUUAAUGAGAAGUGGCAUUUUUCCUCCAACCUGCUCUACAGAUUUAGGUCCAAAUGUAGGAGUGCAUUGUCUAGAGGGUUCUGGGACUGUUGUGCGACAGGCAUUAGAAAGGCAGGACUCUGUGAGGAUACUGCUAGACAGUGGGGUGUUUGUCAACCGAGUCAACUCAAUCGAUGGACGGACUAUGCUGGCCAGUGCAGCCCUAGUGGGCUCAGUUGACGUAGCCAACCUCCUCCUGACACGAGGAGCUGACCCCUUAAUUGGGGAUCAUCAGGGUCAAACGCCACUCACGUUGGCAUCCAGGCAGGGUCACAUCGGAAUAUUGGCAGAACUCCUUAACUGGGCUAAACUGCAACAGCCAAAGACCGUAGUAAGGAUGUUAGAGCACGCAGACAGUGAGGGAUGGACAGCGUUGCGCUCUGCGGCAUGGGGAGGACACAGUGAGGUUGUACGUCAACUGUUGGAUGCAGGGGCAGAUGUUGACGGUUGUGAUAGUGAGGGACGGACUGCACUAAGAGCUGCUGCCUGGGGGGGGCAUGAGGAGAUCCUUCUUACCUUGCUUGACUAUGGGGCCCAGGUGGACAAGGCCGACCGUGAGGGUCGCACCCCACUUAUUGCUGCUGCAUACAUGGGACACAGAGAGGCUGUAGAGAUCUUGCUGGACCACAAUGCAGAUGUCAACCUUGCUGAUGGAGACAGGCGCACCGCCCUGUCAGUGGCUGCCCUUUGUGUCCCUACUGCAGCUGGGGUCAAUGGUUAUGGGGAGGUAGCUAGUCUGUUACUGGAGCGGGGGGCAGAUCAAGGACAUCGCGACCAUGAUGGAAUGACCCCCCUGCUUCUUGCAGCCUAUGAGGGCCAUGAGGACAUAGUUGAGUUGCUCCUAGAAGCUGGGGCUGAUGUAGAUGAGAGUGCAGGCCCUGACGCCAAUGCCCCGGCUGCAGCUGCGGUAACCCCGCUGCUGGCCGCUGCGGCCAUGGGUCACAUUAAGACAGUGGAGCGGGUGCUUUUCUGGGGUGCGGCUGUGGAUUCCAUCGAUGGGGAAGGAAGGACAGCACUAAGUCUUGCCGCAGCCAGGGGAAGUGUGGAGGUUGUCCGUGCAUUACUAGACCGAGGCUUGGAUGAGAACCAUAAAGACGACUUGGGCUGGACACCGCUGCACGCGGCAGCCUGUGAGGGCCAUCGUACCGUGUGUGCUGCCUUGACGGAGCGUGGCAGCAUGGCGCGGGUUGGGGAAAUGGAUAUUGAAGGACGAACUCCCCUUAUUUUGGCAGCCCAGGAGGGUCACUGCAGCACUUCCAGGAUCUUGUUGGAUAGGCGAUCGCCAAUAGAUCAUCGGGCCUAUGAUGGACACUCUGCCCUGAGUGCGGCUCUCCUGGAGGGCCAUGGUGAGGUGGCAGAGCUGCUUAUGAGACGGGGGACUGACACUGAUGUCCGGGAUGCAGAGGGAAGGCCUCUACUCUACCUCCUGGUUCUUGAGGAUCACUUUGACGUGGCUUCGCUCCUUAUAGAUAAAGGAGGCGUGCCCCUUGAGUCCCGGGAUGCAGAGGGCCGCACAGCUCUUCAUGUGGCCUCUUGGCUGGGAAAUGUGGAGGCAGUAGGGCUGCUUCUGCAGCAUGGAGCUGACCCCAAUGCACAGGAUGCCGAAGGCAGGCCGCCUCUGCAUUCUGUAGCUUGGAGAGGACAUGUGGAAGUGGGUCGGCUUCUCCUUGGCGCAAAGGGGAUCAAGGUUGACUUGGCUUGCAACCAACAAGGGGCAACCGCUUUGAGCAUUGCUGCACAGGAGGAACACACAAACAUUGUCAGCAUGCUGCUGGAGAGGGGUGCUCACCCUGAUCACAUGGACAAAUACGGUCGCAGCCCUGUAAAAGUUGCUGGAAAAAGAGGACACUUGCCCAUCGUACGUCUGUUAGAGAGCUAUGGAGCUAAGCCAUAUCCAGGCCUGCUGCACCACUCCAAUGCAAUGUCACCUAAAAGAGGGACCGUCAAGAGUCCCUUAAACAGCUCCAACAGCAAUAGAGCUGAAGUUGGCACAAUAGGAGCAGCUCUGUCAGGAGCAUCAGCUGCUGCCUCCACCUCUUCAAUGUCAUCCCCAGGCUCCACUGGCGAGCGAUUCCAUUCGAUGCAGAGCUCCCAAACCUCUUCCACAUGCCACUCCCUGGCUACAGUGCAGACAGUGCCGGCUGAUAGCUUGAGUUUCACUCAGCAGAUUCAACAGCAUUCGCUCCCAAGAAGUCGUAGCCGGCCCUCAACGCUGCCCCCUCCGGAGAACUCUGUCAGCGGCAGUCUCCACGGGAGUAGGCGGAGACCGCCGAAGGGCAGCCCUCCUCCCGGUGGUUGCACCGUCGAAGCCAUGGUCCACACAUGUGAACCCCCACAAAAAUGCUUCUCCUCUGGGUUUGAUUAUCCCAGCAAACUAAAGUCCCCAGACUCAAACCUGUUUCAAGCAGACAGAGCACAGUAUGGAGGGGGGAAAUGGAACUCGGUCAUGGUUUCCCUCGGGGUAAUGCCCGGACAAGAUUGCCCUCCAAGAGUUGCCAAAAACCGUGGGAGUCCACCUUUAGGAUACCCCUACCAAAUUCACAGCCCGGCUCAGGGAGAGACUUGGAAUUCUGGCCUUCAGAAGAAUAUUAUUUCCCCACCUUGCUAUAAUUAUACCCCAGUUUCCCCUGCUAGUGCCUUACCAGAGGACUCCACAGCACAUUUGUCAACCAAAGACCCACACCUCAAUUUAAAACAGGCCAUCAAACUGCAAUUUGAGGGUCCUACCAGUGCAGCCCUAUACAAAAGGGAGACACCACUAUGACCACACUACUAGGUGAUUUGAUAUUUAGCCAUCAAUAUUUUUGUUUUGUUUUGUUUUAUAUUCAUUUUUUUAUGAACCUUGUACUGUGUGUAAAAUGUAUAGAACAUUAAUGCCACAUUUCACUUAAAUUAUGAACUCUAAAUACCAGAAGAACCAUUGGCCUGCAGGUUGAGCUCCAGAUGACUGCAUUCCUCUGUAGGCAUACAUUUAGAGGCAUUCCUGGCAUGGGAAUAACGGCAUUCUUUGUUUUAGUUGGAGAUUGAUGUUUUCACAGUUCAAGGGGCCAUUAGCAGUGUGGCUAAUGGCCUUUCGGGAUAGAUGAAAGAGGAAUGGAUUUGGCAGAGCCCGCCUCGCUGUCUUGCUUCCUGAGGAGUUCUUCCUGGGGACAAGAAGGCAAAAAAAGCUGAAAGCUGCUGGCUCACAAGCCUAAUUUUCGAUGAUUUGAUGAUUGUGUUUGUUUGUUGAUUAGUGUCUUUUUGGUUGUUUGUUAAACAGCUCGUCCACUAGCAUGGAUGGAAAAGGUGCAUUCUACCUCUCAAUCUUUUUCUGCUCUUGGACACUCUCCCAUAUUUUUUUAACAACCCAUUUCAUUUAAUCCUGAAAUGUGCACAUUUUAAUAAAGGACAUGGUCAUUAACGCAUGGAACCGACAAUACAUUCAGCAGAAAGUAACAUAAAUAUGUCUUGCCUUUUUGUUUAUAAAUACCCUCCACCAUUGACCUCAGCUGACUGGCCUGCAUGGCUGCCAAUAACAGGCACUCCUUUGUUUCUAGGAGAGGGCCCCUAUUAGGCCAUCGUAGUGGUCGUCUGUAGGGAAGACUUAACAAUACAUCUACAUUCUUAUAGCCCCAAUAAUUAGUUUAAUUCCAAACGUAUACGUAAAUGUAAUAAGACAUACAAUGAAUAACCAUAUAAUAGGUUUCCUCAAAUAAUUUCGCACAAAAUAAGCCACUCAAUCUCACUUUUAUUAAGUAUGUAUAUAUAUAUUUUUAAUGGAUUAUAAAUCAGUAAUUCUGCUGCAGGGCUUCAUUGCAUUAAUGGUCUUUGAAAAAUACCUUUUUAUUUUCACUCAUGUCAAAACAGCAGCUGGCUUGUUGUCCUUUUCUGCAAGUGUCUGUCACUGUCAACAACAUAGCAUGCAGGCUGCCAACCCACCGUGCCUUAUGACACAAACUGUUGAGGACAGCCAGACGGAAGGCACCAACUCGGCUCGCUCCAAGUGUGACCGUAUCUGGCAGGAAGCAUAAUGAUCACGAUCAUCAGAUUCCAUGAGCCAUGACCGCUCAAGAUCGAUGUGGGGGGAGCGAGUGCUAUGGACGAUUCACAGCUCACUGAAGUACUUUCAUGGUAUGCUUUCUGAGCAUUUUUAAUCCGGUGAAUAUUUAAUUACCGUCUUAAAUUAAAUUGGCAAGCUGUGUCGUAAUGAGUCACAAACUCUGGAGGUGUCGUGUCUACUCAUUUUGUGUGUGUGUGUGUGUGUGUGUGUGUGUGUGUGUGUGUGUGAGACACAACAGCACCUUUGAAAUAGCUGUGAGGCAGGAUGCUGUGUUUGAUCACACAGGGAGAGAUGAAAGAGCACUUGAGCCUCUACCAGACAGCAGCCGCCUCACCCCAGCCGGGUGCUCAGUCUCUCGGCCAUCGCGACACGGAGCAACAUGUCUCGAGACUCUUUUAUUCACUCAGGCGUAACACACAAUGCGAAAAUCCAGCUUUCAAAAUCUGUACCCAUGUGGUUUGAUUCCGUGUUUGUUGUGCUACUUAAACAUGCGAGUGUACAUAGGGGUACAUGGGGUGAUGGAAUACAUCGUCAUAUGAAUCUAUGUCACAACCUUAUUAGCGUUUCAGAUUAACUAUAAAGUGUGUAGGCCUAUGCUUGCGUGGAUUCUCUCACUGUGUUUUACUAAAAAGCAACAUUUGCAAAUUUGUAGCAUCUUGUCAUUUCAGCAGUGAUUGAAAAACCAAAAUAAUUUCUACAUGUCUCUUCAAUGUGCCCCAUCAAAUCAUAGUGUUUUAGGGUGCUGUCUUCAUGGACAUGCCAUGAUGCCACCAUUUGUAUUUAAAUAAUCAAGUGAUUAACAUCUUAUUCUCUAUAGCUGACUUUAUAGCUGGAAAGAAAAAAGCCAAUAUACAGGUUGCUGACAUUUCUAUCUGAAUUGAGUCUGAAUUUGUUAAACUGUUAUAGCCACCCAAAAUGUUCCAGCAAAAGGAAUGUCAGCACAAUGUAAUUCGUAAUGUGUGCUAAAUCAUGAUAUUUAUAUGGGUUGGAUCAAAACAGUUCAAAUCAUGGCCCCCUCAGCUUUCUGUGCAGACGGUUACUUAGUGGUUAUUGCCUGCCAUGCCUUUCCUCUUGAAGCUAUGACACAGCAUGCCUUCAGCAAGAUAGAGUAGCACACAUUUUGAUUGUAUGCCAUAAUUGGAGCCAACAGACUACAGAUUUGAAGGCAAGGGUAUGACAUCUAGCAAUCUGUAGGGGCACCUCACCCACCUCCUGCUGUGUCAUGAGUAUUGGCGGCAUGUCUCGGGUUUAAUUGGACAAAAUAUGUCUGGGGGAUAAACCUUAAAAGCAUUUCUACCUUCCCUGCCAAAAUGCAACCUAUGGUUGCCAUGCUCUAAAUUCCAAGACAUGGAGGUAAAAUUGGGAGGGAAGUGCCGAACAGUUUAUUGCAGGGUAUUUCUGAGUGGGAGGUUCGUGUUUGAUGUGUUCGUGCUGUUGCCUGGCUGGCUGGCUGGUCAGAAGGGGGUGACGAGAUGCAAGUGUUGUGUGCAUGAAGAUUCCUUCAUGUUACAUGCCGGAGAAGGCGGCAGAUACAAGUGGGCGAGCUGUGUAAUAAAAGACAUGCUCUUCUCCUUGCUCUGCUCUGCUUUCCAUAUUGUCCAAGGACUCAAAAUGGGAAUGAAAGAUGUUUGUUUCUUUACAUCUCAAUGUGAUCAAAGCAACAGCUUGUAUCUGCUAGAAUGUCAGUGAAACGGCAAAUUGCUUAUUUAAGCUAAUAAUAACGUAACUGUUUACUUACCCUCUCAUCAUUCAAAGCCUGCAACAAUCAAACACACAGCAUUUUAGUGAUUUCUCCCUUUUAUAUAAUCCUAAAGAAUAAAUCCCAUUUUUUUAUCCUUAAGGGGACAUUAUCCCAAACUCCAUGUCCUUUUGUGUUCUAUUGGAGAUAACAUAAACUAAAGUUGAUAAUAUCUCAAGUUACAUGGCUUCAGAUAAAAAACAUGAAAUAUUGUUGCAUUUUUCACAAUAUUUUACUCUCAUGAAAUGCAACAAUUAGUUAUAAAACGUACUUACAAAAUAAUUUCAAUUUAACAACGUGGUCACACUUCACACUUUUAUUUAGUAUGUAAUUCAUUUGUUAAGACUAGCUUUUUAGUUGACAAACCAAACAAAAAACAUCCAACUCACUGUUAUCCAUUUCCAAAAAUACAUAGCCAACAAUUCAUGGGACCAUUGUACUUUUUACUCUAACCCCCAACAUCCCACCAACAUGUUAGAUUCUUGUCACAUUCACAGUCCCUUGCCUUACAGUCUAAAGUGCAUCUUCAUGGAAAUGGAAUUUAGGUUCCUUAGUGGGCUCAAAGGUAUUUUGCAGGAUUGCUUUAAAUAUGUCUCAUAUGCCAUUUGAGACAUAUGAAAUAAUGAUAUAAGGCAUAUGGAGUUUUUAUUGAAAAAAUAAUUUUCCACACAAAAUGUGAAUGUACAGUGUAAAUCUAGCACUGAUUGACCUGGUAUUAAAUAUCUUUACUCAGGUCUAAAUUGCAUUGAACAAUCCUCUGUUUUGACAGGUCAGGGAAAACACAAAACUCUGGUAUACCUACCAUAUAAAAAAUGUUAUAAAUAAAUCAAGAACAAUAAAGAAGAGAAAUCUCAGAAAGAAACCGCCAUAAACCUCUUGAUGUCUCUCAUCUCUGUCAGUUUAUUCCAGGCAAACACUCAUAACCACUAUGUUGCACCUAAUCACAAACCAAUUUUCUGAACCAUACGCCUGAUAAAGACACACGUCAAACACCUUGUAGCCAAAAUGAAGACAGGCAGUGGAUUUGGACAGCAGUACAGGGUAAUUGCAGAACAUUCCUGCAGCAGAACAGCACUAUUCAAGUGUUUUAUACAGAACACAUUCAAAAAAGGAUUGAGGGUUUAUUUGUCAGCCAAGCCAGAUCUGGCAACGACAGGGAGGCUUGUAUGAGGAGAGUGUGUUGACUUUAUUGUCCUUAACUAACAGUGUCGAGUGGUGUAGAACGUUCAUUACAGAAGUUUAACACAAGAAUGUUGUGUGGGCACCAAAUAAUGUUUACAGUAAACAGGGAUGCCUACAGAGUAGAUAACAUGAGAUGGCAAAUGAAAACAAUCAACAAACACCUUAUUUAGAGAUCGAACUCGGUACACCCUUGUUCUGCUAGUUAUGACAGUUUAGUAGGCCUACAUAGAAUACGUUUUGGUAUUCAUUAAACUAAGGAAGAACAAUUUGUAUUUUGGAAUGGCUUGUUGGUAAUCAGACUCAACUAAAGUGAAAAAAAACUACAUAAUUUGAUCU